AUGAAAAUGAAGUUUCGGCUUAGUCAGACUGGACGCCGGCGUCUCACGAAAAAUGCAACCAGGGCCCUGGAACCAUGGCUCGUCGACGAAGAAGACGAUGACAAGGCAGUCGGCCUGCUCGUACCAGACGAGGACACCCGGUGUAGCUGGUUCGGCUUCUCGCCGUCGGUGGCGCAGCGGUUCGCGAGGCCUGAGUGGGUGCUGGUGUGCUUCAGCAUGGCCGCCUUCGUUCAGGGCAUGGUGAUCAGCGGCUUCAUCAACGUGUCGCUGCCCACGCUCGAACGCCGCUUCCACCUGCGUAGCGUCGAGACGGGACUCAUUGUGGCCAUGUACAACGUCGGCUCGCUCCUGCUCAUGGCGCCAGUCACCUUCUUCGGCAGCGAGAUGAACAAGCCGCGGAUCAUGGCCAUCGGAGUCGCAUGCAUGGGCCUCGGCUCGUUCAUCUACAGCCUGCCUCAUUUCGUGGCCCCGCAGUACAAGUUUAGCCGGCCGCUGAAAGACCUUUGCCCGUACGUCAGUGGACCAACGUACGAAGCCAGCGGUUCGCUUCGGAACUACCGCUUCAUCUUUAUGCUCGCCAACCUCGUGCACGGCUGCUCUACAGUGCCUUUCUACACGCUCUCAGUGGCCUACAUGGACGACAACCUGUCGGCCCAGAAGUCCAGUUGGUACAUUGGCAUCUACUACACCGCAGCCAUCAUGGGGCCAGCGAUCGGCUUCAUUCUUGGUGGCACGUUUCUGAAAACGUACACUGAUGUCAGCGUAGACGCCGCGAGCAUUGGCCUGUCGCCGUCCAGCACCGUGUGGGUCGGUGCCUGGUGGAUAGGCUUCAUGAUUACCGGCACCCUGUCGCUGAUCCUGUGCGGGCCCAUACUCGGCUUUCCCAAGAGAUUACCGGGUGCUGUGGUGGUCCAGAAGCCGCUCGAAGUGGACGCGCGGGCGUUGAAGGGUGACUCGGUGCAGGUGCAGCUCGUCGACAUGCCCAAGGCCGUGCAUUACCUGCUGAGAAACUACACAUUCCUGUUCAUCAGCCUGGCCGCCACCGUCGAGACGAUGCUCGGCUCCGGCUAUUCGAACUUCGCCGCGAAGGUGUUCGAAUCCGAGUUUGGCAUGACCUCGGCUAACGCGGCACUCCUGCUUGGCAUGAUCGGGAUUCCGAGCGCGUGCUUGGGCUGCUUUCUGGGCGGCUACGUGGUCUCCAAGCUGAACCUGAGCUGCGCAAGCAUUAUACGCAUGUGCAUCGUAGUCUCCGUGCUCAACUGGUUCGUGUUCUUCGCGAUGCUCAGCUCCUGCCCGGACAUAAAAUUCGAGGGCAUUGACAUGGAAAAGAAGACCGUCCUCACGUCCAAGUGCAGCAGCGACUGCGUUUGCCCGCUCAGCUUCAAUCCAAUAUGCGGUCGGGACUCGAAGAUGUACAUGUCACCGUGCCAAGCCGGCUGCCGCAACGAGACCUAUGAUCCCGUGGCCGGCACCACGUUGUACACUAACUGCGACUGCAUCACCUUGGAGGGAGACAACGCCAGCGACGUGGUGGAGGCCGAACGGGUGCGCUGCACGCAGGAGUGCUCUGCGUACUACUUCUACAUGGCGGCUACCUUCUUCUGCCUCUUCAGCACGUUUUUCAUCAGCGCGCCUGGUAUCAGCGUCACCAUCAGGUUCGCAACCCCAAACCUAAGCUCUUGCUGUUGA